AUGCAAGGAAAUAAGAAUUCAACCUCACUCAUUUGCCUAGAGUCGAAUAUUGUUGGAAAUGUUGAGUUGGGUGAAGGUUGUGUAGUUCACCCUUCCGCGUUAAUUGAUGGUGGGGUUGGUGGAAUUGUGAUGGGGAAGAAUAAUAUAAUAGAAGAUUCUGUGAAAAUUGUUAAUGAAAAUAUUAACAAAAUGUGUAUUGGUAGUAACAACUGGUUCCAUGUCAGAUGUGAAAUCAACAACACUUUAUCUAUUGGCGAUAAUAAUAGUUUUGAAAUCGGAUCCAAAGUAAAUCAAAACACAAAAGUUGGAAACAAUUGCGUAGUCUCUUUAAAUUCAAAUCUUCCUCCGAAUUUUGAGAUUUACGACAAUAUGUGCGUUGCAGUUAUUGGCGAUUCCUUAAUUCAUACAGUUAACAAAACCACCCCAAAUCAACAUUUGCACGAACAAAUAAACUUUCUGAAUAAUAUUUUGCGUGGAAGCUCGAUGGAAAAGAAAAGGUAA